AUGAGGGACUUUAAUGCCCAUCCUACAUGUUGGGAGCCUGACCUACCAACUCACCAUCACAACACCUCUGGCAACGCUUUCUUCCAAGCCUUGCUAAAUCUAACACAUGUCUCCUUCCUCAGCCCUCCCGGACUAGCGACCAGGUUUCAUCCCCAUACUGGUGCCGCCUCGGUGCUCGACCUGUUCCUUGGAGACCCUACCUUCAAGGAUUCCACCUUCUGCACUGGACCUUACAUGGGCAGCGACCACCUCCCUCUCCUCGCCUCCCUCCCACAAGUCUCCCCACGGCCCCAACCUGGCUGCAUGCCCCGCUGGAGGCUCAAUUCUUCUGGCUGGACCCGGUACGUGGCUGCGCUUCCCUCCUCACUGGACACCCAACAUCUUUCCCUGGAUGAAGCUGCCACAACCAUUGCUGGGGUGCUGACCGAGGCUGGCACAGCUGCCUUCCCACUCAUCACCCGUUGUCGUCCACGCCACCUUGGGAAGCCCUGGCUGGCCGCGCUUACCGCCGCCUGGGACGCCAUCUGUGCCAAGACCAUCCUCAAGGCAAAGCGGAAUGCAUGGGACCUGCACUGCUCCACUCUUUCCUUCCGCUCCUUUCCCAAGCGUACCGUGUCCUUUCUCCGCUCCAUGGAGGGCAAGUUGGUAUCUCAGAACAUCCCAUUUUCUGAUGAUGAUUCUACCCCACUGGCUGACCCUGAAAAAGCAAAAAUCAUGUCAGAACACUUCCACCUCAAGAUUGGUUUACCUCCUCCUCUUCGUCCGCCCCCAACCCUUACUUCAGUUAUUGAAACUGCCGUCUCCUCUCCAGCUCUCCCAUCCCUUGCUCAACCAUUCAAGCCUCAUGAACUCUCCUCAGCCUUAGCUACACUAAAACCCGGUAAGGCGCCAGGCCUUGAUAAAGUCCCAUACGACUUCAUCCGCCACCUCACCCCACCCCUACGUGCCUGCCUCCUACAAAUAUACAACAGCAGCUGGCAAUCAGGGCAGUUUCCAUCCACCUGGAAAUCCGCCAUCCUCAUCCCCAUCCACAAGCCUGGAAAGGACCCUACACUCCCCUCAGCAUACAGGCCCAUCAGCCUCCUCUCCUGCAUCGGGAAGCUGCUGGAGAGGUUAGUCAACACCCGCCUCACCUGGUGGUUAGAAGCUAACAACAAGCUAGUAGAGGAGCAGUGUGGCUUCCGCCCUCACCGGAGUACCCUGGAUUUGCUGGGGCAAAUUGAGUAUCACAUCUGUGACACUUACUGCCAGCGUCAAGUCAUGACGGCCCUCUUCCUUGACCUGGAGGACGCAUUUGAUUCUGCACCACAUGAGGGCAUCGUGUACAAGCUGGCACUCAUGGGCAUCACUGGCACCACCCUUGCCUGGGUGCGCGACUUCCUCACCAGUCGCUCAUUCCAAGUGGCCGUUGGUGCAUCACUGUCACCUUCCCAAGGAAUUCAUUGUGGCGUCCCUCAGGGAUCCAUUCUCAGCCCCCUUCUGUUCAAUGUUCUUCUCUCUGACCUACAGGUUCCUACCCACUCUCACCUUCUCUAUGCUGAUGACAUUACCAUCGUCAGUCGAGCACCCACACUUUCCGAGGCUCAGGAUCACCUGCAGGAGGCGGCCACCACCGUGGGUGCAUGGAUGACAACCUGGGGGCUACAAGUUAGUGCUUCAAAGAGCUCUCUCAUGUGUUUCACCAUGAGAAAGCUUCCAACUCCACCUACCGUCACCUUAAGUGGGGAGGCUGUUCCAUACUCAACCUCACACACCCUCCUCGGACUGCGGUUGGAUGGCCCUCGCCUCUCCUGGGUAAAUCACAUCAGUUAUCUCCGCACCUCCUGCAACAAACGCCUGGAUGUGAUGAAGCGAAUAGCUGGCAUCCGCUGGGGAGCCAGUCGUGACCUGCUCCUCCACUACUAUAAGACCACCAUCAGGGCCAAAAUGCAGUAUGCCAGCUGCUUCUAUGGGUCAGCUGCCUACUCCAACCUCCUCAAGCUUGACCCCAUUCAGAACGCUGCCUUGAGGAUCUCUAUGGGGGGCCAUGAGAUCCUCCCCAGUUGUUUCUCUACAAGCAGAGAGUGGUAUUCCUCCACUGUCCACCCACAGACGGAUGACCUUGUGCCAACAAUACUACAGGAUACUGGGCCUGCCUGCUUCCCAUCCCCUCUACCCUCCACUCCAACUCAGGGGUGGAUCAGCAAGCUCCUGUAUGGCUCCCCGCUGCCCCUGGACCGGUCCAUUUAUCACCACCACCUUAAGAUCUACACGGACGGCUCCAGAGAUGCCUCCCUGCCCUCCUCGGCAGCAGCUAUAUAUGACGCCAGUACUGCUAUCUGUAAGACAUGGAGGCUUCCUGAGUACACAGAUGUCCUUACCACGGAGCUCUUUGCCCUUCUCCAGGCCCUCAUCUACCUCCGCACCUCUCACCCGACGUCCAUGGUGGUAAUUUACACCGACUCCCGCUCAUCUCUCUCUCUCCUCCUAUCCCGGCAGCCAUCCUCCGCCACAACCCUCAUCCACUCCAUCCAGAGCACCUUCCUCCAUCUCCUGAACACUGGCUGGGAUAUCACCUUCCAGUGGGUGCCUUCCCACAGUGGCAUCCGGGGGAAUGAAGUGGUGGAUGCUGCUGCCAAGAUGGCCUUAACCCAUGUAAACAUUACCCCCCUAUCCCUCCAGCUUCAUUCUGCCAAACAGCUCAUAUCUCGCCUCUGCCACUCAUCCUGGGACUCUUCACUCAACACCGCACUCCGAGUCACCUCUAUGGGCCUUUACCGUAGCGACUCAUCUCCACAGCCUUGGGUCAGGAAACAGUCCCGCAUCCUAGAUGUAGCACUCACCUGCCUCCGUCUGGGCCACACAAGACUCACAGCACACCUGCAUCGCCUUGGUCUAUCACUGGACCCCUACUGCCCCUGGUGCAGGAUGGUCGAGGAAACCAUCGAACACUUCCUCUUACACUGGCCCCGCUUCCACUCCCACUGUGUUGUGCUCUGUGAUCACCUUGUUGCCUUGGGUGUGUCUACCUUUGACCUGCCCACCCUGCUGGUGGCGGUGGGCGUCCACUCCUCACACCAAGCUACGGUUCUCUGCCUCACCUGCGUCUUCCUGAAGAAGUGUGGACAACUUCCCCACCUGUGA